GCUCUGAGUUUGAAGAUGUUCAUCAUGAGAGAGCAAGUGGAUCUGAUGUGCUGUAAAUCAGUAGGAACUGAUCUGUCCAUGCUGGAUAUUGAUGAUUUGAUGACAGAAAUCUCUCAGCUGAAGAAAGAGGUGGUGUUACUGGAGGCAAAGCUGAGGGAAAGAGGAGAUCCACUGAACGGAGAGGAGCUGGAGAAGGUUUCCUGUCAAUCUUCAGUGUGUGUGACUGAUGGGACCUCCACAGAAUGUCUGGAUUCAGUGUGGAGCAUCAGAGAUCAGAGAUCUGAACAGAGAUCCAGAAACACACAGGACUCAGAACUCAGUCUCACUUUACUCUGUUAUACUGACACUCAGGAGAGUGUGUGUGACAGUAAUCAGGGUGAUCAAACCUCCACAGAGUCUCUGGCUUCUGUCUGUAAUGCUGGAGAACAGCAGAUGCUGCAGAUACCAUUGAAGAUGUGUUCAGUGAAGCUGCUGGACUGCAGGAACCUGAUGGAGAUGAGAGGAGAAACCACAGCAGAGGAACAGCACAGUGAUGAAGAUGAUAAUAACGAUGAUGGGUAUUUUAUUCCUUCAGAUGCAAACAGUGGUUCAUCUUCUGAUGGAGAAACGGCUUCUUCAUCAAAACAACUGACAGCACAGAGUCUUUCCUGCAUGACCUGUGAGAAGACUUUCAGCUCAAAGGGACAUUUAGCGAGACAUGAGAGAAAACACACAGAACAGAAAUUCUUCAAAUGUAGGAGAUGUGGGAGUAGAUUUUCUACUUUACAAGACAGGAACCUUCAUUCAAAAGUGCACAGAGUGAAGAAGGACUUCUUCUGUGGGCGAUGCGGGAAGGUUUUUCACUCUUCUGGUUAUCUUAAAGUUCACAUGGAAACCCAUGGUGAAAGAAACCCUUUCCACUGCAAUGUGAACAAUGGUUCAUCUUCUGAUGGAGAUACGGCUUCUACAUCAGAAGAGCACCUGAAAGCACAGAGUCUUUCCUGCACCAUCUGUGAGAAGACUUUCAGCUCAAAGGGGUUUUUAGCAAGACAUGAGAGAAAACACACAGAACAGAAAUUCUUUAAAUGUAGGAGAUGUGGGAGCAGAUUUUCUACCUUAAAAGAGAGGAACCUUCAUUCAAAAGAGCACAGAGUAAAGGAGUUCCACUGUGAAGUUGCUCAUGAGAGAAUACACACUGUGGAAAAACCAUACGAGUGUCCUCACUGUAAGAAGAGAUUCAGAUGCAGAUCCCGUCUGAAGAAACAUGUCCGUGUGCACACCAACGAAAGGCCGUAUCAAUGCAGUGAAUGUGGAAAAACAUUUAAGCAGUCAAGUACUCUAAAGACACACACAAAAUGUCACACUGAUCAGAAACCCUAUCAGUGCUCUCACUGUGAUAAAUGUUUCCAUACAAAAUAUAGUCUCCAAUGCCAUGAGAGAGUGCACACUGGAGAGAAACCUUACCUCUGCUCUCAUUGUGGAAAAAGUUUUUCAGAUCUUCGUACAUUACAAAUUCAUCUGAGAGUGCACACAGGAGAAAAGCCUUAUCACUGUAGCAUUUGUGGGUGGAGUUUCAGUCAACAAACUAACUUAGUGAUGCACAAGAGGACACAUACUGGAGAAAGACCUUACAAAUGCACUCAGUGUGACAAAAUGUUUGCUCGAUCUGAUAUCCUUAAAGUCCAUGAGAGAGUGCAUACAGGAGAGAAACCUUACCACUGCUCUGUCUGUGGGGAGGAAUUUGCUUAUUUAGGAAGUCUUCAUACUCAUCAGAAGAAACAUUUGAAAGAACAAACUGACUUAGAAUAACUAUAGCAUCUUUUCUUAGUUUAUCCAGAAAUGCACAACGAGCUCUCACUGCCAUUUAGGGGGUAAUAUCUCAAUAUCUCAGAGUUUUAAUGUGGAUUUGGAGUAGAGAUUAAGAGUUGAAGGUAGUGCAUGCAGUAGUUUUUGAGGCAGCAGGCCUAUUGUACAUAUCUCAUUUAAGUCUCUAUAUUCACUGAACUAAUGGUCUUAAAUCUCUUCAGAAGUAAAUACUUUCAAAAUCUUUGUUUUCCUGGUUUAUUAUUAGCGAUUCACUGAUACCAUUAUUAUAUGAUACUUUUAAGAUAUGAAUACCUGGUAUUACUAUGACCUUAAAGAAGAUAUUUUUUUUAGAUAUUUUACAGAUUUAAUUAUUUUUUGGCUUUAGUACAAUGACAGAAUAAAAUAGUUAUUUCGUUAACAUGUUAUCUUUAUAAUAUCACACUGUUUUUCCUCACACAGUAAAACUAGGUCUUUAUACAUGAAAACAUAAGCUGACUUUAUAUUUUAUAUAAAGUCCCUUGCAAGGGUGUCAGCAAUUUUGGGCGUUCUUGGCAUCAAAAAGUUUGAAUACCCCUGCAAUAAACUAAAAUAUCACACCAUCUUCUACACCGCUCCACGCCACAUACGGGUAAAUUAUUACAAACUCAUACAAACAGAAGCCUCAUAUGAAGUUAAUGUAAUCAGAUUAUUUAUUGCAUUUUGCUGAAUCUGUAACGGGCAGUCGCUGAUGUGAAUCAGAUGUGACCAACAGAACUUUAUCUAUCUGUAUUAUUCUCACUGGAAAACCUGCUGAUGUAUCUGAUUUCAGCCCAAUCAAAUAUGAUUAAUUUAUAUUCACAGAAAUAGUUCAUGUAAGUAAUAAUAACCUUUGAAGAUGUGAUGAAUUCAUGAAAAACAAUAAAACUGAAAGUGCAAAACAUCUUUAAGUAUUGAACAGAGACAGUAAAUACAGAUACUGUGACAUCAUCAGUGUAGCAGUUGGAGUGUCGUCAUAG